AUGGAUAAUCGCUGCUAUUGUUGUACCUCCAAGUUCGGUGUCUUUAAAAAAGAGCUGGGUUGUAAAAAUUGUGGACGCUCUUUCUGCUCCAGCUGCUUGACUUUUAAUGCUGUGGUGCCGCGAUAUGGCAACGCCCAGCAGAAGGUCUGCAAGCAAUGCCAUGGUAAUCUUACAAGUGGGAAAACUCCAGACGAUACAGGAAGAUGGUCUCCCCCUGAAAACUACAAAAAACGAGUCGCUGCAUUUGAAGCCAAACAGCAAGGACAGAAGAUGCAACCUCACACAGGGAGUGUACAUUCUCAAGCAGGUCUCCCCCCUCCUAAGGGUCUAAGUAAGGACGAUCAGGCAAUUGCUGACAGGCUUCAAAAGCUGAAAGAAGACACCGCUCCAAAGUCCAUCCCUUCUGAAAAAGAGAUUGAAACUCGCCUCGCUGCCCUUAAAACUCCCAGCAAGCCGGUUCCUUCUUCGCAGGAGAUGGAAGACCGGUUAGCGGCUUUAAAGGGACAGACUCCUUCUUCUCAAGCUCACCGAUCAUUCCCCCAGCCUCCAGAUAACAGGACCCAGACCGAGCAAGCUAAUGAUCUUCUAACUCAGAUGACAGAGGAAGUUGCCAUUGACCAUCAGUUUGACAAUCCUGGAUGCAGUGACGAUGGACCAAUGAAUGAUCUUAACAAAGGGCAGAACCAGACACUACAGAACAAUAUGGAUGCAAACCAGGAUUCAAGGAAGCAGUUUGAAAAGGAAGCAGCACAGUUGCUUGAAGAGGCCCGUGAGGAGCUGAAAAAGGAUCAUCAUACAACGGAACAAAUCAUCAACAUGGCCAAGAGGCUCGCCCAACUGAAAGGCCAGGACCCAGACGAAGUUAAGAUGGAAGAUUUCAAACGUCCCGAUAGUGAUGAGGAGACAGAGGAUGAAGCCAUAAUGAGGGUAUUAAAGCAGCUCUCUGAGGAAGCUGCACUCGACGAAGCCAGUGGCUACAACAUACCUCUAGAACACAAAGGAUCAAAAAACACAGAGAAGAAAAAGUCCUCGAAGAAGCCUAGUCAAGCUCCAGCAGUCAAGGGUAGGACUCCAUCAGCAGCUGUAAGCUCGGUGCAUCUGCCGUCAGACAGUGAUGAUGAUGAACUUCCGUGGUGUUGUAUCUGUAACCACGAUGCCACUCUCCGCUGUCACACCUGUGAUGGGGACCUGUACUGUAACCGCUGCUUCAGGGAAGGACACGAUAAAUAUGACAGGAAGGAGCAUCGCACCAGCAAUUACACUGCACCUAAAAAGAAAAGGAAGUCCUGA